AAAUCUAAAUCUUCGCUAUCCAAUCCCCAUCCCCAUCAUCAUGCUGGACCUGUACAGGCGCACAGUGACUCGCUUUCCUUUGGGCAAUGUCAGUUACAUGUUCGCCUAUGGCUCGGGAGUCAAACAGCAGGUUGGCUACGAAAAGUUGGACCAGAAGCCGGAUCCGAAUUCUGUUAUUGAUUUAAUAUUCUGUGUGCGCGAUACACUUGGAUUCCAUGCGGAGAAUAUACAUCGGCAUUCCAGUCAUUAUUCGGCAUUGCGAUAUUUCGGUGCUAACUUCGUGGCUCAGUAUCAGGAGCGUCUGGGAGCGCGCGUUUAUUUUAACACUUUGGUGCCGCUGCAGGAUCUGGGACUGACGAUUAAAUAUGGUGUUGUGCACGAGGAUCAUUUGGUGGACGACCUGAUAAAUUGGCAGCAUCUGUACCUGGCUGGACGCUUGCAAAAGCCCGUUACUGAUCUGGUUAAUCUAUCCGAUAAUCCACGACUCCAAUCUGCUCUGGAACAGAAUCUUGUGUCGGCUUGCAAAGCAGCUCUUCUCCUCUUACCUGAGAAAUUCACGGCCUACCAACUAUUCCAUUCAAUUGCCGGUCUUAGCUACAAGGGCGACUUUCGCAUGAUCUUUGGCGAGAACAAGCAGAAGGUGCACAAUAUCGUCCAGCCGCAAUUGUCCGAGUUCUUUGCUCUCUAUCAGCCCGCCAUGAAGAAGCUCUCCCAGUUUUUGGCCGUCAAUAUGCAUGGUCAGGAGCCGGGCUCUCUCAAGCCGGCCAUCAUCUUCGAACAGGACAAAUCACGUGACGCAACCAGUUAUCACCUGAGACAUUUGCCAAAGGAGCUCUGUCGACGCCUGCAGAAGAAUGCCGCCUGCAGCGGUGACUAUGAGGAUGUGGUGGAUCAUCUGUCCGUGUCGCCGCUGUUGCCCAAAGUAGUCCAGGUAUCUGUAAACGACAUUGUCUGGCGCAGCAGCGUGACACAGUCGCUUAAGAACAUUGCCACUGCGGGCAUCUUCAAGUCCCUCCAGUAUAGCUAUCGCAAGGCCAAGAAGACCUUUGUCGUUUAGGCCUGCAACAGUAACCAAUAAUCAGCCAAUAGUUAACCAAUAAUCCCUGCCACAUAAUGACUAAGUUGCGCUUGUUGUGCAUUCAUUUUGUUAAUUAAUUUUAAGACCCAAAGUUUCUGACGUCAAUAGAGAAUUCGUAGUUAAAUGCAAAAC